UGUUAAACCAGUUGAGUGCAGCUACGAGAUGCUCGCCUCAUUAAUUCCGUUCUUCUUAGGUCGUCGCCCGUAUGGGCAUCGACGAGAGCGCCUGGAAGCACGGCCCCGAAUACGUGUUCAACGUCGAAAUGAACAUCACAUCAACCCCCAUGAACUUCGACGGUGUGCAACGGUCCAACUACACCGUGAUGGACCUCUACUGCAGACCAAAAGCAGUCGACAGAUUGAAUUGCCAUCUCGGGAACCCUAAACGCUUAAGCGUGGACGUGACCAACGACAACAAACUCGAAAUCCCAGAGGAGGAACUGAAGCAACUCUGCAGCGAGGAACCCUUCGAGAUUAAGUUCAACGAGUACGGUAUCGAUUAUCUGUUGGUCAACGAUCAGAUUCCGGUGAAGAAUCUGAAUGACAUCAAACUGAUCGCCGAACGUUUGAAUAUUGGAGUCGACCUGAAUGGGAUACCGGAUGGAUCAUUUGAUAUUUUGGAGAACUCAACGGUGGGACAAUGUAGCGUCACUGUGGGAGUCAAUCAUUAUCCUUCUAAGAGGAUGAUGAACAAGAUGAAGAGUCCUCGAUAUGAAUUGGAGUCCUUGCCGCAGUUGAAUAAAGUCCCUAGCGAGGCUAUUAUCAUUCAUAAGAAGACCAAUUUGAAUAACUGCACUUCUUAUGCGUCCUUCUACUUUGGAUCUUAUGGGAAUAGUGUUGUGGUGGAGUCUGAUCUUCAGUCGCACCUGGAAAGUUCAGUCAGCCGAAUCUACGUGAGCGAUUACCAAUUUGUCUCGUCGCUGACAAGAAUGGGCACCGUGGGAUCCGACAAAAUGAACAACCUAAUGGCAAUAUCGCAGUACAUAAGUCUAGGCUUGAGGGACAUCCGAGCCGCCAAACGAGAACUUACAGAAAUGUACGAUGCGUCGAAAACCACCAUCGUCGCAAAUUCCGACGUAGACGAUGUCUUUCCGGUUAAUUAACCGAGAUACUAAACGGUAAUUUGAACCGUGAAACAAACAAGAAGCGAAGAGAACUGAUGGAACUAUAGGGAUGAUAGAGCAGUAGAUUAAAAUGUAACUUUGGACUAUAAACCAUUGACAGUACAAUAAACUAAACUAUUAUAAUUUUUAAUUGUAUCGGUGUGUUAUCCUUACAAGUAAAAAGACGAGACUUCGUAGAUAAAUUUCUUUUUAUUUAAAUUACGGUUACAUUAAAUUAUAUCUACGGUGACGUACACACACGUUCAUGUACGCACAGAAUUCACCUGUGUAUCUGAACGCAUUUCAAUUUCUCUGUUUUUUUAAAUUGACGAAUCGAUUAAAAAAAUGGAAUUAAAGAAUCGUAUCCUUAGCAAUAAUAGAUAACCUUCCUCACGCGUUUAUCCAACAAUUUUCUCUGCUUUACAAAACAAAGCAUGUUCUCUGACUAAACCUUAAAUCUAGGUGCGCAAAAUUGCAAACGGCCCUUUAAUUUUUACGUCUCGAUACUCGGGACCAAUUGGUACAAAACCGACGCUUUAACUCCAAAAUUUAUAGCGCAGUCGUAAAUUAAAGCAAGUUUUUGGAAUUAUUUUUUGUUCUUAUCCCUUGGAGGGAUUUUUAGACAAAGUUUAAUUUAGGACCACGCUAUAUCUUCUAGAGUGUAUCUUCAGAAUUUGAUUCUCUGGACACGGAAUGUGACUUUUUGUAUAAACAUGAAAAUGCAACUUAGUAUACGUUCAUCGUUCCAUGGAAUGAUUAACAGUACCGACGUGCUUUACAAUAUUUCAAUUUAAACAUCACAAAUUAAAAAUUUGACUAAUCUCAAUUUUAACUAUCUUCAAAUUCCUAAUUUAUGAAAUGCUUUUCGUGUCCUCUUCUCCCUAGUACUUAAAGUAUCGAUGGAUUGCACUUUCAACAUUCACUUUCGAAACAAUUUUCCUUUUCGGUUAUACGCGUUAAUAUCAACCACGCGCCGCAAACGCGUACGAUUGAGAGAGGAACCAACGUUAUCUCCUUUCGCAAAAUUCUUGUUAAACAAUAUUUCGCAACACGUUCGUUCACCAGCAUUAAAUAUGUAAGUACGGUCCGUUUCGAUCGUUAAAUAUCGCAAAAGCAUCCGAUCAAUGAUUUAUAAUGGCACGAUUACAAUGAUCCUUGUGCGUUUGUUGCGUAUCGACGGUACAUAGAAUUGUUUGUCAUUUUCUUUCUUUCAGCUAAAAAAUAUUAAAAACUGGUAGAAAAGUUUGACGGAUCUUAGAUUGUUUACAAAAUCUAAUUAUUCUCUUUUAACCCUCUGGCAUUGAUUUUUAAAAUCAAUUCGAUGACAAUGAUUUCUAAAAUCAGUUCAAUCGACACUGCUUUUUAAAAUCAAUCUAAUAAUUUUUGGAAACAAUUGAAUGACUUUUGGAGACAAAUGAUAUUGAUUUUUAAAAUCAACUGAAUGACUUUUGGAGUCAAAUGAUAUUGAUUUUUAAAAUCAACUGAAUGACUGAUUUUUAAAAUCAACAAUUUACUGAUUUUGAAACUAUAAUAUUCAGCUAUUAAAACUUGUACAUUAAAUUGAUUUGACCGUACAAGAAAAAUCAGAUUGCAAAUUAUAGUGUUUUGGAAUUUAUAACAAUUCCUACUUGUAAUGAAAUUGUUGCAGAUUUUGAGGAAGUUAAAAUGUGCAUGUGUAUUUCAAAUGACACGAGUGACUGUAAAAUAUUCGUAGAGAUUUAACCUGUUAAUUGAGAAUCAUAAAAAUUCAGCAUCUAAGUGUUGAAAUUUUUCAACUAACGGCAAAAAUUCUGCAAGGAAACACCCGAUCAAAUAUCUCAAUUAACAGGUUAAAAUCGAACGUUCAAACAAUUCUCACUCCAGAAGCUCCGCUUCAAAGCGAUCUCUCGAUACAUUAUCAAAAAUUGCUAUUCGCAUACAAUAUAGAUCUCUCUCGGUGGAAUUGAUUAAUUGAUCGAUUGAUUGACAAGAGACGUUGCCAUUGUAAAAUUAUGACAAUUUCACGCUUACGGUAUGUAUCAAAUACGUAUACAUAUUUCGAAUUGCAUAUAUAAUACGUGAUUGAAGAAUGUUAAUCUAGUACAUACUGUAUACAUAUAUAAUCGACAAUGCGAGCCGCGUAUAUCCUGUAUACGCGAUUAAUUUCUUAAUUUCUUAUUGGUAGAAACCAGUAAAUCCGAUAUACAACAGAUCCGAUACAAUAUUUUUUAACGUCAUUUCGUGAUCUUCGACAUACAUCGUUAAAAAAUCGGUUUAUACAAAAUCUAUGCUCACGGAUUAUGCAGAAUGUGACGAAGAUAUGAUUGAAAGUUCGUGGAAGGAAAAUACCGUAUCACACGAUACAACCAGGGCCGUCGAGAGGUUUUCGGGGCCCAAUUUCUUUUUACUUUGACCCGUGUACAUUUUUUUACGGGGCCCAGUGGCGUCUCUGGACGGCCCUGAAUACAACAAACGAUCGACAAGAAGAGCGAAUUGCAACAGACACGCUCUGUCUGAUCGUUACAAUCGAUUUCUACUUCCUUUCCCGUGACUCUCGCUUCGAAACUCGCUAGCAACGUCUAACGCGGGGUAUUCUUCUAAUUUUCACUUUUCUGUGCAAUAACUGUAUUACCUCUCUAAGUGGGACGAAACAAUAGUUUACCUCUUAUCACGAUAACCGAUACAGUAAAUGCAAUCGUAUCUGGUAAGACACAGGAUUAAAUUAAUCCUUGACUACGAUUUAUCAGUUUGCUGUUUUACAUUGGUGAUAUAAUUUAUAACUACUUUAAUUCUUUUUCUUUAUUAUUUUAACGUGACAGAAUCAUUGUUAACCAACAUGACGGUGAAAGACAUAAAGGCGAAUAUUUAAGAUGUUCGUUGAUCAAUUGAAAGAAUAUAUUGAAGUCGAUCAACUUUUUGACUAAACCAAAUAAACAAAAACAACAGUUAUUAUUACAUUUUUUAUUUAUAAUUAUUUUUAAAUGACCCAAAAUUUUGUUAUGUAAGUUUGAUUCAAAUUUAUUAAUUAUAACUCAACUUUUGCAUUAGAUUAAUUAGUAAAAUGUGAAUUUUCCACUUGGGAAAUAAAAACUUUACAAAUUAAAAGAGUAGAAAUUUGGCACGUGGAGCAGAAAUAUUCCUACAGGGUACAAUUCUGCUAAUUAGCAAAGUUUGCCAAUUUAACAAAUACAAAUUUUCUUAAAGAACUAAUCUGUUCAUCAAAAUCUGCCAAAAAGCACAAAUCCUACGAAUCUAAAAUUUGACCAAUUUACUAAUUUAGCAGAAACCUACC